AUGUCUGUCAUAGACUUUACAAUAACUGAUGAGGUAGUACCUUUAAAUCACAGCAUUGAGAAGGAGAAAACUGUAAGUCACAUUGGUUAUUUCUCUUCCUCAUACUCUGUGAAAAAAAUCCAGGUUGGAAUCUGCUUGUUUCUGGUGGAGCUGUGUGAGAGAUUCACUUUCUUUGAGGUUGUCUGCAAUAUGAUCCCCUUUUGCACUGUUAAGCUUGGCUACCGCAACGACCAGGCAGCCAUUUUGAACUUGUGCUUCAUUGGAACUUCAAUACUUACCCCUGUGAUUGCCGGAUGGCUCACUGAUGUCUAUGUGGGAAGAAACAAACUGGUGUACAUUUGCUUAUUUCUACAUUUUCUAGGUACUGCUUUUUUAUCUGUGGUGGCUUUUCCCUUGGGAGAUUUCUGUCUGGGCACUUACCAUGUGAUUAACAACAUCCCAAAAAAGGAACAGAACAGGCUGUUUUAUGUAGCACUGCUGACCAUCUGCCUCGGCACAGGAGGAAUAAGAGCCAUUGUUUGUCCACGGGGUGCUUACGGCCUUCAGGAGUGUAGCCCAAAGAAGCAAACAUCAUUUUUUAACUGGUUUUAUUGGCUCAUGAACCUAAAUGCAGCCGUCGUCUUUCUGGGAAUAUCUUACGUCCAGCACUUGGGGGCCUGGGCCCUUGUUUUACUUAUUCCUUUUAUGUCUGCACUUAUGGCUCUGAUAACUCUUCAUAUGAUGUACUAUAACCUGACUUAUCAGCCAGAAAAAUGUUGCUGCCUCCUAACAACCAUUGGGGUGUUUUUUAAUGCACUGAAAACAUACUGCCUGCAAUAUUGCCAACUUGGCAGAGAUACCACCAGCUGGUUAGACCAUGCCAAAGAAAAAAAUGGUGGCUGCUAUAGUGAGUCCCACGUGGAAGACACAAAAUUUUUCUUCACCCUUCUCCCUCUCUUCAUUUUUCAGCUCCUAUACAGAAUGUGCAUUAUGCAGAUUCCUUCAGGAUAUUAUCUGCAGACCAUGAAUUCCAGCCUGAAUGUGGAUGGAUUUCUUCUGCCAAUUGCAGUAAUGAGUGCCAUCAGCAUCCUACCCUUACUAAUUCUGGCUCCUUUUAUGGAGUAUUUCAGCACCUGCCUAUUUCCCUCUAAGAAAGAUGGACCACUUCUGUCGGCAUGCAUUAUUACUGGAAAUCUUUCUGCUGCAUUUUCCGUGAUGGUAGCCGGCUUCUUUGAAAUACACAGAAAACACUUCCCUCCAGUGGAGCAGCUUCUUUUAGGCAAAGUUCUCACUGUUUCCUCCAUGCCCUGUUUCUACCUGGUUCUUCAGUACGUUUUACUUGGAGUGGCUGAAACACUGGUCAACCCAGCCUUCUCUAUAAUAUCAUACAGAUUUGUUCCAAGCACCAUCAGAGGAACCUUUAUGAAUGUUUUGACACUGUUCAAUGGAUUUGGUUGUUUCACGGGGGCCCUGCUGGUGGAGUUGCUGUAUCUCAUCUCAGAAGGCAAUUGGUUUCCAAACACAUUAAACAAAGGCAAUUUAGAAAGCUUCUUCUUCUUCCUGGCAUCAUUAACAUUGUUGAAUGUCUUGGGAUUCUGGAAUGUUUCACAAAGAUAUUGUAAUCUAAAUCAUUUUAAUGCCCAGAACAUCAGUGGAAGUAAUCUUGAAGAAACACUUCUCCACGAAAAGUCUCUGAAAUUUUAUGGCAGUAUACAGGAAUUUUUUUCAAGUAUUGAUCUUUGGGAGACAGCCCUAUGAAACGAUAUUUGAGUCUACCGGUCUUUUGAGCACAGUAUUCUUCGUUUUCUUCUUUGAUUGAACACUCUGUGUGUUUUAGUGUAAGAGCCAAUGUAUAUGGGCAUGACUUUAUGAAUAUUAUCUGUGUACUUUAUUUACAAAGACUAAUGAUGGCCUUUCUAGGAUUCUGUUAUGCUUUUGCAUUAACAUCUUAAGCAUUAGAAUUAAUAAAGCAGUUUCAAAGUCUAGGUGAUUAUGACAAGAAAACUGAUGGUUUUUCUAUACACCAAUGAUAUCUUAAAACUUUUACAAUGGUUCAUCCAUUAAAAACAACAUAUAUGAUUUUUUUCAGAGUUUUAUGAGUCAUUAGAAGCAAAAUAACAGUAUGCUAAUAUUCUUUCUUUCUACACACUUAUUGAGCCCUCAUUACAUGCUAGAUAUCAUGACCAUAUACUGUACAGGCCUGAGUGAAUGAUAAACAUAUACAUGAUUUUUUUAUAUUUAAUCUUGAUAUUACACCAUCAAAAUAUGACUUAAGGAAAUUUUCUCUGAAUUAAGAAGCAAUGUUACUAAAACAGAUGUCCUU